CUGCUGACUGCAUCUCCCGGGGUACCUUUUUUUUUUUUGUUCCUAGCAGUGGAUUUGCUGGUAAGUAACCUGCCUCUCUGCCUGGCUCUAUAUAGAGGCACCAGCUCACAGGAAUUUGAGUGGUACAGACAUCUCCAGCAGAGACUGCAGUCACCGACUAUCCCUUUGCGAUGCAGUCUCAUGACUAAGCUUUGUGCAACUACACAUCAACGUGAGUGAUAGAGAACACAAGAACGACCUCAACACAAACUGUCUAUACAACAUGUCUUCCAUGUGCCGGGCUUGUUUCAUGGCUUCUCUGUUGUGCUGUUACUGCUCCAGUGUGGCAUCAAGUAUUUCCCAUGACAAACUAAGAGAACUGAACAUGGAUUUUGCAGUGCGGCUGUACCAGACCUUAGUGACUAUGGAGAACAGAACAAACCUGGUGGUGUCGCCGAGCAGUGUCGCCAGCUCUCUGGGGUUACUGCAGUUUGGAGCCCAAGGAAAUACCUUUGCACAAAUGGAAAGCAUUCUGGGAUACAAUGUCCACGAUGACGCUGUGCAAGACUUCAUGGAAACCAUAUUCUCAGGUCUGGCCAACUCCAGCCAAGGAACAGUCAUCCGUUUGGCUUGUGCUUUAUUUGUACAAACAGGGACAAGCUUUUCCCCUCGUUUUAUUGAAUAUGCAGCUUUAUGGGCAAACAGCAGCCUUCAGCUGGCCAACUUUAGUGAGCCCGGCAGGACUACGACACAGAUAAACCAGUGGGUGAGAAGUAACACAGGUGGUGGGAUACAGAUGGUGGUGCCCUGUAAUGAGCUUGGCCCAAUGUUCACACAGAUUGCACUAGUGAGCACCAUGUCCUUCAAAAGCAUUUGGAAAACAAAGUUCUCUUUCACAGACACUCAGACCCUGCCCUUUAUCAGCCCCGAUGGAUCCACUAUCAAAGUUCCAAUGAUGCACCAAACCGCAGAUGUCAAUUAUGGUCAGUUUGAAACUCCCUCUCUGAAAGGGUUUACGGUGGUGGAGCUGCCGUACAUCGGCGAUACAGUCAGCAUGUUUGUGGUACGGCCCUCUGAUAGGAACACACCAUUGUCCUGCAUUGAGGCCAACCUGACCGCUAAAAGCAUUGCACUAUGGGCCGGCAGCAUGAAGAGAAUAAAAAUGGACAUUUUUCUGCCUAGGUUUAAAGUACAAAGCCACAGUGAUUUACGGAAUGUUUUACCAGCCCUGGGGGCAGCAGAUCUGUUUGACCCAUGGAAAGCAAAUUUUAAAGGAAUAUCAGAACAAAGCGGCCUAUACAUUUCCCAAGCCAUUCAUAAAGCAGAGAUUGAAGUGGCAGAGAGUGGUACAAGAGCAUCGGGAGUCACAGCUAUGGUAUUGCUCAAAAGAUCCCGUAUGCCUGUGUUUAAAGCCAACAGACCGUUUUUCUUUUUCUUACGACAAGCAAGUUCAGGGUCCAUACUCUUCAUUGGAAGAGUAACCAAUCCCUUAUUUUAAAAGCAAUGCACCAGUCUACAGAUUAUGUUUGGAACUAACAUUUAAGAGAAUUUAUAUUUAUUGUAUUUUUUUUUUUUUUUAAAU